AUGCCUCGAGGUCGCUCAUCCACUCGGGGUACGCCCGCUGCCUCCGAAAUGGCAAACAUCUCUCGAGAAGCAUCUACUGCAUCAGUCCGGAUCACUCGCGCUGCGACUAGAAGUCAGGCUGCCUCAUCCGCCUCAACUCCAGUUCAAGGCGCAGAGCUUCAGGCGGAAGCCCCGUCGGUUCCACGUCCCAGAGGCCGGCCAAGGAAGAGCGCACCUGUAAUCGAGAUAGCAUCGUCAACUGCCGAAUCUUCUGCCUUGGAUGUCGCCCCUCCUAAGAAGAGACGUGGUCGCCCAAGUAAGGCUUUUAUCGAGAUUGAAUCCACCUCGUCAGCCCCAACGCCUCAAGAUGGCACUUCUGAGAGUGGCUACUCCACCCCUGCCACAAGCAAAGGCCCAACUCCUACUGCCACGGAUUCUUUCAAGUCCACCUCGAGCCGCUUUCAAGUUGUUGUCCCCGGCCCUUCUCGACUUUCUGGUCAAGACCGCGAGCGAGCAUCGCGAAACAGCAUUUACUCGAUGAAGUCAGGCACCAAGGACAAUCGAAUCAUUCUAGACUCCGAUGAUGAGGAUUUCCCAGACAACUCUAGAGACGCUCAGCUCGCUCGUCGUCUUCAGCAGGAAGAUAUGGCCCAGUACACCACUUCGUCUCUCCCACGUCGGAGCACACGAACCAUUGAACCUGUUAGCCUAGUUGCCUCAUCAGCUCCCCAGAAGGCACCAGCCAAGCGUGGCAGAAGCUCCACCAACUCCGCUCCCAAAAGCAGCCGUCCAUCAAAGAAGAGCAAAGUCAUCCCUGACUCUGACGAAGGCGAAUCCGAUAUCAACAUGGAUGCGGAGAUUGCAGCGGCUGCUGGCCUCAGCUCGGACGAUGAGUAUGCUCUGGGCUUGAAAUCGGAUGGCGAUGCGUCUUUCGCGGAUCUCGACGAUGCUAGUGACAGAGAGGAGGCUGCAGACCUCUCUAGCGAAGAUGAUUUCGUCCCGGUCUCACGACGCCGUCAAGCCCGUGCCCCUCCCCGAAGACUGGCUCCAGCCACAGCCCCGGCCCCGGCCUCGACCUUGGCCCCACAGCCUGCGCAGGCAGCUCCGGCCAACCCCAUCAUGAUCGACAGCGAUUUUGACGCGACGGAUUCUGUUAGUGGCUUUAGUAUUAGUGAUACUGACGAGGAUCCUAACGACAUCAAUGCCACGAAUGCGGCGGCACUUCAAUCCAUCUCCAGAUCGCGUCGUGCUUACAGAGCCACGGGAAGUAGCCGACGUCUUAAGAAGGAGCGAGAUCGUCUGGAAACCCACCAUCCAGAGAUCAAGACGAUGUGGCAGGAGCUGGAGAACAUGCCUGUCCUCAAGGCUGGAAAGGCACCUCAGCCACAAACCAUCUCACGCCAGCUCAAGCCAUUCCAACUUGAAGGUCUCGCCUGGAUGAUGGAAAUGGAAAAGACGGAGUGGAAGGGAGGUUUGCUUGGUGAUGAGAUGGGUCUAGGCAAGACCAUCCAGGCCGUCUCCCUGAUCAUGUCGGAUUAUCCCGCCAAGCAACCUACUCUGGUCCUCGUCCCUCCCGUUGCUUUGAUGCAAUGGCAGCAGGAGAUCAAGUCGUACACAGACGGCACACUAAAGACGUUUGUCUUUCACGGCACAAACCAAAAGUCUAAGAAAAUGACUGUCAAGGAUCUCAAGGCAUACGAUGUUAUCAUGAUGUCGUACAACAGUCUCGAAUCCAUGUAUCGCAAACAGGUGAAGGGGUUCAAGCGUAAGCAUGAAAUACACAAGGAGGACAGUGUGAUUCACAGGAUCAACUUUCAUCGCAUCAUCUUGGAUGAGGCACACUGCAUCAAGACGCGAACUACAAUGACGGCCAAAGCAUGCUUCGCCUUGAAGACGACGUAUCGCUGGUGCCUGUCUGGUACACCGCUUCAGAACCGAAUCGGAGAACUCUUCUCUCUGGUUCGAUUCCUCAACAUCCGUCCCUUUGCAUCCUACCUAUGCAAGCAAUGCCCUUGCUCGACUCUCGAAUGGUCCAUGGAUUCGGAUAGUCGCUGCUCUCAGUGUAAGCACGCUGGAAUGCAGCACGUAUCUGUCUUCAACCAAGAGCUGCUGAACCCAAUUCAAAAGUACGGCAACAUUGGACCUGGUCGAGAAGCCUUUAGCAAACUUCGUCUGAUGACUGACCGCAUCAUGCUCCGUCGUCUCAAGAAGGACCACACCAAUUCGAUGGAGCUUCCUGUCAAGGAGAUCUAUGUCGACCGACAGUUCUUUGGAGAGGAGGAGAAUGACUUUGCCAACAGCAUCAUGACCAACGGCCAACGCAAGUUUGACACCUACGUCGCCCAGGGUGUUCUCCUCAACAACUACGCCAACAUCUUUGGUCUCAUUAUGCAGAUGCGACAGGUUGCCGACCACCCUGACCUGAUUCUGAAGAAGGAUGCCGAAGGAGGUCAGAACGUGCUGAUCUGCUGUAUCUGCGAUGAGCCAGCUGAAGACACGGUGCGUAGUCGGUGCAAGCAUGACUUUUGCAGAGCCUGCGUCAGUAGCUAUGUCCGCUCUACUGCUGAGCCUGAUUGCCCUCGUUGCCACAUCUCGCUGUCGAUCGACCUCGAGCAACCCGAGAUCGAGCAGGACGAGGCUCUUGUCAAGAAGAACUCGAUUAUCAACAGGAUCAAGAUGGAGAACUGGACUUCGUCGUCCAAGAUUGAACUUCUCGUCCAUGAGCUGCACAAGCUCCGCUCUGACAAUGCCUCGCACAAGUCCAUCAUUUUCUCGCAAUUCACCACGAUGCUCCAGCUCAUUGAGUGGCGUCUUCGACGUGCUGGAAUCACUACAGUGAUGCUGGACGGAAGCAUGACGCCUGCUCAGCGCCAGGCAUCCAUUGAGCACUUCAUGAACAAUGUGGAUGUCGAGUGCUUCCUCGUCUCUCUCAAGGCUGGUGGAGUGGCGCUGAACCUCACUGAGGCUUCGCGAGUCUUUAUUGUCGAUCCAUGGUGGAACCCUGCCGCCGAGUGGCAGUCUGCCGACCGAUGCCACCGUAUCGGACAGACUCGACCUUGUACCAUCACACGCCUGUGCAUCGAAGAUUCGGUCGAGAGCCGAAUGGUGCUGAUCCAGGAAAAGAAGACGAGCAUGAUCCACUCGACAGUCAAUGCUGACGACAAGGCGAUGGACUCUCUCAGCCCUCAGGACAUGCAGUUCCUGUUCCGCGGCACCUAA